GGAAAGAUAACUCCGGUGCAAUAGACAACGCCGAAAACUAAAUAUGGCUUCCAGUCAAAUAUGUGGACCAUGUAAAAGGAUGGAUAAAUCAGCUUCUGCCGUAAAAUAUUGCACUGAUUGUGAAGAUCCCUUAUGCACAGAUUGUAUUGCCAUUCACAAAGCCAUCAAGGUCCUCGUGUUACACCAUUUGGUCGAUGCAGAAUUUCAAGCUGACAAGGCUUUUAGCAUAAGAAGAACCUGCAGUGACCAUCCAGAUAUGGGUUUAGAGUUUUACUGCUCGAAUCAUGAAAGCUUGUGCUGUCGUAUAUGCUCCGUGAAUACCCAUCGCACAUGUGGCAAAAUUCUACCGAUCGAUGUUGCUGCACGCGGAAUAAAGACCUCAGUAAUGUUAAACGAUGUGACAGCAGAUUUAAAGGCUUUAUUAAAAACUGCCGAAAAAUUAGAAGAGAACAGAACAAUGAACAAGGAAAACAUCGGAAAAGCUAAAGUGACCACUCUACAAGAGAUAGCUCAAUUUAAACGUGAAUUAAUUCAAGAGUUAGAUGAACUAGAAAAGAAAUUAAUGACAGAUGUUGAUGUGACUGAGAAAAAGCUUACCAGAAAGGCCGAAUCUGAUCUUUCAGACAUUGCAACCCGAAAAAAGGUCAUCGCAAAUUUAUCAGAACAAUUGGAAUUUCUUACAAAACACGGCUCAGAAAGCCAAAUAUUGAUGCUGUUGAAAACUAUUAGAGUGGAUAUUUCAAAGCAAGAGAACGACUUUCAAAAUUUGGUCCCGUCAUACGUAUGUAUCGACGUUAACUUCAAGGCAUCGGGAAUAAAAUCCGCACUUAAUUCUCUUGGAUCGAUGGAAAUAAAAUAUGUUCCAUGUUUAAUUACACUCAAACCAUCUAAACACGCACAAGCUCAGAUACCACAAGAAUAUGAGAAAAUGCCAACAAAAUUCAAACUCAAAAAUGAAUUUAAAUUACCUUAUAUUAACGGGAGAAUAUCUAGCAUUGUUGUACCGAAUGAUAAUAGACUGCUGUUAUGUUAUUGGGGAGACAAGAGUAAAGCAUUGUCGAUAUGGUUCGAUACGGGAGAUCAUAUUCAGGAGUGUGCCCUUGCUGGUGCCGCCUGGGGAAUAGCCAUAAUACAAGGAACAAAUGAAGCAGUUGUUACAUUACCAUCUAUAGACUCGAUUCAGUUUGUUAACAUAACCAGCAUGUUUCCAGGUAAAGUAAUGGAAGUUCCCGACAAGCCCUAUGGAGUCACAAUUGUAAAGAACAUGAUAGUAUUGGGUGGUGCGGGAAAAGUUUAUUUCCUCACUAUGACAGGAAGUCUUAUGAAAACAUUCAAUGUCGGAAGUGGUAAGUUGUAUUCACUGAAGACAGGUGAGAUGGAUAUGAUUUAUUGCUGUGAGGCCGAUAAGGAUAGACUCCAUUGUAUUGAUAUCAAUGGAACUGUUAUCUUUUCAUAUGCAUCUCCUGAUGUUAUUGGCCCAGCAGACAUUGCAUUGGAUGGCAAAGAAAAUAUAUAUGUGACAAUCUGUACAUCAAACGAAUUGCAUCGUCUGUCACCAGAUGGAAAACUCCUGGACAUCCUUUUGAAUGCUGAAGAUGGAUUGAAUAAACCUUGUGGAAUUGCCUUCAACAAGAAUUAUACCAAACUGUACAUAGCAAACGGACCUUAUCGUCAAAAUAAACAUAUAUUGAUAUUUGAUUGUGCUUAGAAACAGUAUAUAACUCUAUUACAUCACUAGUUAUUCUUACCCUGUCAUGGUCCUGAAAGCCAAUGUUGACUUUUGUAUGAAUGUUCUGUUCCCUUGUUCGAAGAAUUUAUGUUGAGUUAAAUGAAACUAAAAGAACACCAUAUUGUACAAGAAUUUAUAUUAUUUUAUGAUAAAAUUCCACAAAUCCAGCCAUUCAUGCAUUGAUGUAAAGAAAUAAUACAUAAUAAAAUAAUAACUUAACGUGACUUGGCCACGUUAUU